CAGUCAGUCAGUCGGAGGCAACGCUACCUAAGGGCCACAUCUCGGGAUUACGAGGAGAACCAUACGGCACCAUACGGCACCAUAGCAUUCCACUGUCAAAUAUUUUAUGGGCAUCAUCGAAGUGACGGCAGCAGAUUAUAUGGCACGAAACUUCUAAUUCGCCAGUGCCGCCGUGCCGAGUAUCUUAAGAACUGCCCUCUAUAUCGAGGAAAUUGUUGCUGUACCCUUUACGAUACUGGACACUUUGUCCGCCAUAAAGAUAUAAUUCGCCCGAAGUGUUUAUCGUACAGCUGCUCCGAUAUCAGAGAAACUACCGAUAAUUCCCCGAGUUGGCGAGUUCUCCAGACCUUCAAUGUCGCCGGGCUUCAUAUAUCUUUAGGGUGCCAGAGCGAUUUGCACCUCAAUUGGAACUCGAAGGUUCAGGUCCCCGGUUGCGGGCGAACUUAACUAUAAAAUUUACCGAAGUAGUGUUUAAAAAAGUCCUUAAGGUGCAAAUUUAUCAGGUGUUCGGAAGGAUUCAAAAGGACAAAACGGGAUACCAGUGUAUAAAAAUCUAACACAACAUGAGUUUCAACUCCAAAUAUCACAUUGAUGUGGACUUCGAGGUGCCCAAAAAACUGCAGUGGUACUAUGCUCCUGCGUUUUUUGGCUUCUGGCUGGUGCUCUUCCUCUCGCUGGUCAACACCCAGAUGAACCACAUGCCCCAGCCCCUGACCCGCAGCGAUGAGGCCAGUCAUCCUGGCUCCUUUAUCGCCCAGCGGGCCGAGGAUACACUGAUUGAGCUGACCCGGAUCGGACCCCGGGUGGUGGGCAGCAUGGCAAACGAGGAGUCCACCGUGGAGUUCCUGCGCGCCGAGGUCGCGAAGGUUGAGGCCGAGAUGAGCGACCGCCUAGAUCUCGAUGUGGAUGUUCAGCAGGCCAGCGGGGCCUACAUGCACUGGGAAAUGGUGAACAUGUACCAGGGCAUCCAGAACGUUGUGGUGAAGCUGUCCGAAAAGAAUUCCACCAACGAGAACUACCUGCUGAUCAACAGUCACUAUGACUCGGUGCCCGGAAGUCCAGGAGCCGGUGACGAUGGGUCCAUGGUCGUGACCAUGCUGGAGGUCAUGCGUGUGAUAGCCAAGUCCGACGAGCCACUGGCCCAUCCCAUUGUUUUCCUGUUCAACGGAGCUGAGGAAAAUCCCCUGCAGGCAUCGCACGCCUUCAUCACCCAACACAAGUGGGCCAAGAACUGCAAAGCUCUUAUCAACCUGGAUUCCGCUGGCAGCGGUGGUCGGGAGAUCCUUUUCCAGUCGGGACCGAAUCAUCCUUGGCUGAUGAACUAUUAUAGAAAUGUGCCGCAUCCCUUUGCCAAUACACUGGCCGAGGAACUUUUCCAAGCUGGCUAUAUUCCCUCCGACACGGAUUUCCGAAUUUUCCGCGAUUACGGAGGAGUUCCCGGUCUGGACAUGGCUUACAUCUUCAAUGGCUAUGUUUAUCACACCAAAUAUGAUAGGAUUAACGCAUUUCCCAGGGCCUCUUUCCAGCAUACCGGUGAUAAUGUAUUAUCACUGGCCCGGUCCCUGGCCAAUGCUCCGGAAAUGGAUGAUACGGCUGCUCACUCCGAGGGGCACAAUAUAUUCUAUGACUUCCUGGGCUGGUUCAUGAUCUUCUACACGGAGACAACGAGCAUUAUAAUAAAUGUGGUGGUCACAUUAUUGGCACUUCUGGGAAUCGGCAUAUCCCUCUACUUUAUGUCCGUUCGAUCGGGCUGCAGUUGGAAGGGUGUCCUCAUACGCUUUUCCAUCACCAUUGCCAUCCAGUUCAUCUCGCUCGUUUUGGCCCUGGGUCUUGCCCUGCUGGUCGCUCUUUUCAUGGAUGGUGUGGAUCGUUCGUUGUCCUGGUUCUCCUCUUCCUGGACCAUCUUUGGCCUGUACCAGGCACCCAUUAUCUUCGGGAUGAGUAUUCUGCCGGCUCUGUAUCUGGAGAAGACGAAAAGGGAUCCCUUGGGGCUGGGCUUUCGCAUCCAGCUCUUCAUGCACUCGCACUGCAUCUGCCUGAUUGUGAUAAUGCUCACCUUGACUGGGCUGAGUAUUCGGUCGGCCUAUCUGAUCAUGCUCUGCGUGCUGUUCGACAUUGUAGCGCUGAUUGUCAACCUGGUAACAAAGUGGCACCGCAAGGCCUAUUUGUUUGCCAUCGCCGUCACCGUCUGCCAAAUCCUGCCCUUCGUCUACUUUACAUAUCUGUGCAUAGUGGCUCUGGCUACGCUGAUACCGAUGCAAGGACGUUCGGGAUCCUCCACAAAUCCGGAUAUGGUUAUUGCAGUUCUCAUCUGGCUGUUUUCCCUUAUGUUCGCCGGCUUUAUUGCCCCACUCAUCAUGUUCUUCCGCAAAACGAGAACGAUAGUCCUGUGCUUCCUGGGAAUCACCAUUCUGUUCAUCAUUAUUGCUGUCACAAAUGCAGGAUUUCCAUAUAAGGAAAAGACCGCUCCACAACGUUAUUCUUUGAUUCAUGCGCACCGUCGUUUGCACAAUGCCGAUGGAAGUACUCGUAUCGAUGAGUCUGGCUUGUAUAUUUAUCCCCAGGACAGACGCUUUAAGAUUGCUCGAGAUGAGAUCGAUGCUCUUGGAGAAGCGCACAAAGUAAGUGACUUUUGCGACGAGGAAAUGUUUUGCGGCAUGCCGCUUUAUAACCACCGUUGGAACAAAGCCCGGCAAUAUAGCCUGUGGAUCAAGACAUCGGAGCAGCCAGAGAUCCCCACCGAAUACCCACUGCUGGUUCUGCAGGACAGCAGCGAACUGGAAAUUCCCACGCAAAGGCGUUUUAAUUUCACCCUGGCAGGGCCCUCUCACAUGGGAAUAUUCAUCAAUGUGAAAAACGAUGCCAGGAUACUAAAGUGGUCCUUCAACGACACACUCAUACGAGAGCAGGCGGAACCGCCGUAUAUGGUGUACUUCUCCUACGGACUGGACGACAGUCCUCUGGAGUUCACCAUUGAUGUUGAGAAGACGACCUCAAUGUUUGACACACCCACCCUGGAGAUUGGAAUCGGUGGUCACUGGGUGACCCAAGACAUCACUGCCAUCGAAAAACUCAGCAGUUACAUCACUCGAUUUCCGUCAUACGCCUACAUUCAGGGCUGGGUGGGCACUUACGAGACCUGGUACUUUUAGGCCAAGCCGCAAAUGAUUAACUAAUUGUAGUCAUUAAGCGUUUACGAUUAACUGUAUAGAAUCUGAAUGAGAAAUUACAUAUUUUAUUAAACUACAAUACGAAUACUAUAAUUACAAUCAAAAGCCUUGA